UUUAAAAACACCAAAGACGGAGACGAGAAACAGAUUGCAAAAGAAAACCCACACCACUCCCCAGCGACUAAAAUCAGACCAGAGCCGUCGCCUCCUCUGCCCAUCUCCGCCGCUUCAAGAAAUGACUUCCUCCAGACCGGAGAACGCUCCGUUUCUCUUCCCGAGGUUUAAUUCCUCUGUUUUACCAGACCCCUCUAGAUUUUUCAGCAACCAUCUCCUCUCAAAACCUCUCCCUACAAACUCCUUCUUCCAAAACUACACUCUGAAAAACGGCGACCAAGCCGAGUAUUUUCACCCUUACCUCAUAAAAAACGCUCCUUCGUCUCUCUCUAUCUCCUACCCAUCUCUGUUUCAAAACUCCGCCUUCUUCUACAACGUUUUCAACGCCGAUAUCAUCAUCUCCGGGUCACACGACGGACCCGACCCGAAUUCCCGGAAAACUCAUCUCAUCACUUCGUUCAGCGAUCUCGGCGUCACUCUCGAUUUCCCUUCCAUCAAUCUCAGAUUUUUUCUCGUCAGAGGAAGCCCAUUUAUCACCUGCUCUGUUUCCGGCAGCUCGUUCACAGUCUCAACGAGCCACGAUGUUUUGUCGUUAUCCGGAAACAGCUCUACCAAGUACACAGCCAAGCUCGGCAAUAACCAAAGAUGGCUGAUUUACGCCUCUUCCCCGAUUAAUCUGACCAAAACCGGCGCUUCCUCAAUCAAUUGCCGUGGUGGUUUCUCCGGUAUUAUCCGGUUCGCGUUGGUACCGGGUUUGAAUCCGGAUCUCGAAUCGAUUCUCGACCGGUUCAGCUGCUCUUACCCAGUUUCCGGUAACGCCGAUUUCAAAAACCCCUUUGCUUUGGAGUAUAAAUGGGAGAAGCGUGGCUCAGGAGAUUUGCUGAUGCUAGCUCAUCCUCUUCAUCUGAAGCUUUUGACAAGCGAUGAUAAUCCAACGGUCACCGUUGUAGAUAAUUUCAGGUACACGAGCAUCGACGGCGAUUUGGUAGGUGUCAUCGGAGACUCAUGGGUUUUGAGACCGGACCUUGUUCCGGUGACGUGACAUUCUAUCAAAGGAGUCAAAGAAGAUUCGCACCGAGAGAUCAUCUCGGCCUUGGUCAAAGACGUCAACGCGUUGAAUUCCUCAGCUCCGGUCACGAGCUCGUCGUAUUUCUACGCGAAAUUGAUUGCGAGAGCCGCGAGGUUAGCUUUAAUCGCCGAGGAAGUUCGCUAUCUCGACGUGAUUCCGGCGAUUGUCAAGUACCUCAAGGACAUGAUUGAGCCGUGGUUAGAUGGGAGUUUCAAGCCAAACGGGUUUUUGUAUGAUCCUAAAUGGGGAGGAUUAAUCACGAAGCAAGGAUCGAGAGAUUCAGGAGCGGAUUUUGGAUUUGGAAUUUACAACGACCAUCACUACCAUUUAGGUUACUUCCUCUACGCAAUCGCUGUGGUCUCUAAGAUCGAUCCUUUGUGGGGAGAAAGUUACAGACAUCAAGCGUACACUCUACUGUCGGAUUUCAUGACAGUGGAUUCGGAUUCGGAUUCUAAUUUCCCGCGUUUGAGAUGUUUUGAUGUUUUCAGGCUCCACUCUUGGGCUGGUGGGUUGACGGAGUUUUGGGACGGGAGGAACCAGGAGAGUACGAGCGAGGCGGUGAAUGCUUACUACUCCGCCGCUUUAUUAGGGUUGGCUUACGGCGACACACAUCUGGUGGAGGUGGCUUCGACGAUCUUGACGCUUGAGAUUGACGCCGCGAAAAUGUGGUGGCAGGUGAAGGAAGGUGACACUCUUUACCCAAAAGACUUCACGAGAGAGAAUCGUGUGGUGGGAGUUUUAUGGUCGACGAAAAGAGACAGUAGCUUGUGGUUCAGGCCUAAGGAGUGGAAAGAGUGUCGGCUUGGAAUCCAGCUAUUACCGAUACUCCCGGUGUCGGAAAUUCUGUUCUCCGAUGUAAAAUUCGUGAAGCAGCUCGUGAAUUGGACUUUGCCAGCGUUGCAGAGACACGGCGUUGGAGAAGGUUGGAAAGGAUUCGUUUAUGCUUUGCAAAGUGUUUACGACAGAGAUGGAUCGAUCAAGAAGAUUAGAGGAUUGAAUGAGUUUGACGACGGAAACUCGUUGAGUAAUCUUUUGUGGUGGAUUCACAGUAGAGACGGUGAUGAUCAAACCCUAAAAGCUAAAACGCUUCACGCCGGGGAUUUUCCUUAACGUUUCACCGCCGUUGUUUUCGUUGGCUCUCGCCGCGCCGCUCUCUCUCUUUCUCUCUGAAAUUCGC